CACACCACGAGGACUACCUUUAAUAUAGCGCGCAAUAGGCUAGAGUAGGCAGCUGUGAGUGGCAGAAAUAUAAAACAUACAGUAGCCUCGUAGGUGAAGGGAACGCUUGAGCUGCCGUCUGCACUGCAAGGAGUUUAACAUAAAGGAGGAGUAUUACUUUCAGAAUCUGUUUGCGUGAAUUUACAGCGAAAACAUGGAGAUAAGUCUGCCUCAGGAGGUUGGAGUUUUUAUCUUGUCCUUGACUGCACCCGUUCUGCUGUGCGGAAUGAACAACGUUCCUGCGAUUCAAGAACCUGCGCUGAUCCUGGCGAUGGGAGCCGUGGUCCUGCUGUCUGUCUCUCUUGUGGUCUACCUGCCCAUGCGACACAAAAAGGCUGUGGACCCACUUUAUUACGUGUUUGCAGUGCUCUCAUUCACCUGCAUGGUUGGACUAACAAAUGCACUGGAGCAGGAUGGACUCAUCAAGGGUUUCAUGGCAUUCUACCUCAAGAAGGGGGAGCCGUAUCUCUCCACAUCGUAUGCCAUCAUGAUGUGUUACUGGGAUGGCAUUGUGCACUUCAUCCUCCAGCUGCUGAUGCUGCGACGCCUGAGCCAAGGGACGUCGUUCCGCAGCCUCGGCCUGUUCUGGGCUGGCUCUUCUAUUGCCAAUCAGAUCGUGUUCAUCCCAGGCAUUGUCAUUGGUAAAUAUGGCAGCGGUAUUCUUCCUGCUUUCUGGCGCAACAUCCCUUUCCUGCUGCUGCCGAUCUGCGCUGCUGUGGCGCUCCUGCGUCGGCCCAGAGAGAUGCCAGUCAUCCCUGCAGAUGAGGUGGCAGCUCAGCAGAAGAAGAGUGUGUUGACUCGGCCCGUUGACCUGCUGCUGUCCCUGAUGCUGCUGGGAGGGAUGGCCUUCACUCUGCUCAGGGCUUUUGUGGUUAUGGACUGUCGACUGGACAUGUGCUUCACCUUCAUCUACCAGUAUGAGCCCUACCUGAAGGACAAUGUGGCCUUCCCCAAAGUCAUGAUGCUGGCGUUCCUGUUCUACGGCCUGCCCCUCAUGGCUGCGUGCCUGUACGGCCUGAACGCUCCUGGAAACGGCUGGAUGCUGGACUGGACCCUCCUCUUUGCUGGAGCCAUGACCCAGGCUCAGUGGUGCCAUAUUGGGGCUUCUCUGCACUCCCGCACCCCCUUCACCUACCGGAUCCCCGCGGACGCCUGGCGCGUGGUGGUGGGGCUCAAUGCGGCGUACAUAGUGGUGCCUCUCCUCCUCGCCCUGCGCUGUGCCCUCCUGCCUGCCUACUUCAUGCCCGUCGUGCCCAAAGGCCAAGCCGACAAGGAGAAGAAGAGGAAGUAGACGUCCAGAAUUGGACACACACAACAGGAAACGUCCGAAAGAGAGUGUCUAUGAGUAGAGAGUGUGUGUGUGUGUGUGUGUGUGUGUGUGCGUGUGUGUGUGUGUGUGCACAUGUGUGUGUAUGUGCUGUGGUUUUGGCUGAAGGCUUCCUGCGGUGUUUACUGUUGAAGUCUGAGUUGACUUGAUCCCAAGGGAGAUGCUGUGUGUUGCAUGGACUACUGGACCCACACCAACCGCUCCCUCUCAGACCAAGUUGGUUUAUCUCACUCCGCGCUUGACUCAUGCAAGGAAUGUCACAUUACAGCAGUCCGUAUCUCUUUGGACUCUCACCUCCUCUUCAGUCACUCAUGAGUAAUGAUUUGGAUUCUCUUUUUUUCUGUCCUGCGACACGCCCCGGUGUGACACCAAGGAGCAGUUUGCAUCACUGGCCCCCAUUGCUGCAUCAGCGAAGAUAACGAGGACUGAUAAUGGAGGACGUUUCUCAAGAGCUCCACGGCUCACGGAGAGGAGAGCCUUGCAUAUAAUCCCAGGUGUAGGUGCUCAGCUAAGGCCAAAGGGCCGGGGUGAAUCGUGUCCUUUCUGGUUCUUGAGACCGUUUGUUGUUGGUGGUGUUGUUAUUGUUGGAUUUGUUCUUUUUAGUCAGCAUUAAAAUGUAAUCCAGUUUUCACACAA